CAUUAUUAACUUUCUUAAUCAACGAAGCUAACUAAACACCUAACUCAGCUUUGUGUUUUAACAAUCACUACUUUUCCGCAUUUGUGAUGGAGAAAUCUGGUUAUGGAAACGACGGAAUUUACAGGUCUUUAAGACCACCUGUGACAAUACCUGAAGAUCCUAAUACUGGUAUAGUUUCAUUUCUAUUCCGAAAUACAGAUUCUUAUCCUGAUAGAGUUGCUGUUGUUGACGUUGAUGUUGAUCAGACAUUAACCUUGAGGGAAUUAAGAUCUGUGGUCACUCUCGCGUCUGAUGUACUAUUUGAGUUGGGUGUUAGAAAAGGUGAUGUUGUCCUAAUUCUUGCACCAAAUUCUAUUGAAUUCAUCCAGGUGUUUUUCGGAAUUGUUGGUAUUGGUGCUAUAGCGACUACUUGCAAUCCUUCAUACACAACAACUGAAAUCGCAAAACAAAUUAAGGAUUCGAAACCAGUACUAAUUGUCACUACCGAGAACUUGUAUCCAAAAGUUGAGAGUUUAAAGACACCAUGCCUGUGGAUUGGACCUCUUUCAAGUGGAUUAGCUACUUUGGCUUCACCAAGUCAUAUUAGUUUCAUAUACAAUCGUAUAUUAUCUGAAUCUACUUCGGCUUCGGCUUAUUUAGGUGAUCGCUCCCCUCGUAUUGAUCAGGCUGAUACUGCUGCAUUACUUUACUCAUCUGGUACUACUGGUACAAGUAAGGGUGUGGUAUUAACACACAGAAAUUUCAUUGCUGCAUCUCAAAUGGUUUCAUCAGAUCAGGAUUGUAAUGGGGAAAUGCAUAAUGUAUUUAUCUGUUUCCUUCCAAUGUUUCAUAUAUUUGGGCUUGCGACCAUAUCGUUUUCACAGCUUCAGAGAGGAAAUACUGUGGUUUCGAUGGGGAAGUUUGAUUUAGAAACUGUUUUGAGAUCAGUGGAGAAAUAUCGGGUUACCCAUUUAUUUGUUGUUCCUCCAAUUAUGCUUGCUUUGGCGAAGCAGGUUGGCAUUCUAAAGAAAUAUGAUUUGACGUCUAUUAAGGUUCUUGCAUCUGGUGCUGCACCACUUGGGAAGGAUAUAAUGGAACAGUGUGCAAGGAAUUUACCACAAGCCUCGGUUAUUCAGGGCUAUGGUAUGACAGAGAGUUGCGGAAUUAUUUCCAUAGAGAAUCCAUAUGAUGGAGUUCGAUACUCUGGUUCAACGGGACCCCUUGUUCCAGGAGUUGAAUCCAGAAUUGUUAGUUUAGACACAAUGAAGCCUCUCCCCCCUACUCAGAUUGGUGAAAUUUGGCUUCGAGGCCAAAAUAUGACGCAAGGUUAUCUCAACAAUCCAGAGGAAACCAAGUCGACUAUCGAUAACCAAGGCUGGGUCCACACAGGAGAUCUUGGGUAUUUUGAUGAACAAGGACAACUCUUUGUUGUUGACCGGAUAAAAGAACUCAUCAAGUACAAUGCAUUUCAGAUUGCACCAGCCGAGCUUGAAGGAUUGCUUCUUUCUCACCCUGAAAUAUUAGAUGCAGUUGUCAUCCCAUAUCCUGAUGCUGAAGCCGGUGAGGUCCCGAUUGCAUAUGUUGUGCGUGCACCCAACAGCUCUUUGAAUGAGGUGGAUAUUCAAAAAUUUAUUGAACCGCAGGUAGCGCCAUUCAAGAGAUUACGGCGGGUAACAUUUAUAAGUGUGGUUCCAAAAUCAGUUGCAGGAAAGAUCCUAAGGAGAGAGCUUAUCGAGAAGGCUCGCGCUGAGUAUGUUCGAGCCAGGUUGUAAACCACAUCAUUUCCUUGCUUGCGUACUCUGAUUCAGCAAUAAGCAAAGUCAAGGGGAACUAUUUACUUUUCUUUCUGUUUCAAAUAAUUUCUUAUUUCGUUAAGGUCAUGCGUUGUCACAACCCAUUACAAUUAAGUUUGAAAUCCCAUAUUAUUAAGCUUCCAAAGAAUCUGCAAGUAAUGAAGUAACUGAAACAGUUGGAAGCUGGCUGA